AUGAAUCUGAGUUUCUACAAGAGAAAACACCUCGGAGAGAGCCCGCGCGCUCGCCGGCUCCUCCCCUCGCGCCAACCCUUGCCUUCGCUUUGCCUCCUCCUCACUUUACCUCCGGAUGCAAGCGAGGCACCACACACCCACAGCCACCAGCCAUUCACGCACGCACACGAACACUCUCCACGCACCGUCACCGCAGGGAAAAUCUACUGGAACAGGAUGGGGAGCGAGAACUACUUACCGGAGCUUAUGGCGGAGAAGGACACGCUGGAACCGACUUUUCAUCACUCCAUGCGGCUACUGGACCAAGAAAUCGAAAAAAUCCAGAAAGAUGAGGGAAAGGAGGAGGAGAAAGACAGGUUCAUCGACGUCGUCAUCAACAAGAACAUGAAACUAGGACAGAAAGUUUUAAUACCCGUCAAGCAGUUUCCUAAAUUUAACUUUGUGGGCAAACUCCUGGGGCCACGCGGGAACUCGUUAAAAAGACUACAGGAGGACACCCUCACCAAGAUGUCAAUUCUCGGCAAAGGAUCCAUGAGAGACAAAGAAAAGGAAGAGGAACUACGGCAAAGCGGUGAAGCCAAAUACCAGCAUCUAAACCAAGACCUGCACGUCCUCAUUGAGGUGUUCGCCCCGCCUGCAGAAGCCUACGCCAGAAUGGGACACGCCCUGGAGGAGAUCAAGAAGUUUCUAAUACCAGACUACAACGAUGAGAUCAGACAAGCCCAGCUGCAGGAACUCACAUACCUGAACGGUGGCUCCGAAGACGCCAAAGUACCAGCGGCGGUGCGGGGAAAGUCAGCCGCCCGUGCAAGAGGGACACCUGUUCCGGGCCCCCCCAGAAGUCGAGGAGGUGUCCCGCCCCUCCAUGCUGCCGUGCCCAGAGGAGCAGCACCCAGGGGAGCCGUCUCCAGGGGGGCCCGGGGCGUGCAGAGAGCCAGAGGUGCCCCGCCAGCUACCGGGUACAGGCCGGCUCCUCCGGUAGUGCAGGAGACGUAUGGAGAAUAUGAGUAUGAUGACGGCUAUGGAACAUCAUAUGAUGAACAAGGAUAUGAAUCAUACGACAACAACUACAGCAAUCAAGGACAAAACUCAGAAGACUACUACGAAUACGGCCAGAGCGGGGAGACAUACGAGUCGUAUGGUCAGGAAGAAUGGGCAAACAGUCGCGGCAAGGCACCAUCGGCACGCAGCACCAAGGGAGCGCCAAUCCAAGUCAUAGUCCGGAGCACAGCAGCCCAUGUGUCUGAAUACACAAUUCCUUCUGCAGAGUGGCCCUUUUUCACCAAGGCUGCAGUGAAGGCUCUGAGCAGCAUGGACACAAUUGGGACCACUACCAUACACUGUAUCACUGCAGACGUCAGGUAUCACUGCAGACGUCAGGUAUCACUGCAGACGUCAAGUAUCACUGCACACGUCAGAUAUCACUGCAGACGUCAGGUACCACUGCAGACGUCAGAUAUCACUGCAGACGUCAGAUAUCACUGCAGACGUCAGGUACCACUGCAGACGUCAGAUAUCACUGCAGACGUCAGGUACCACUGCAGACGUCAGAUAUCACUGCAGACGUCAGGUAUCACUGCAGACGUCAGGUAUCACUGCAGACGUCAGAUAUCACUGCAGACAUCUGGUACCACUGCAGACGUCAGGUAUCACUGCAGACGUCAGGUACCACUGCAGACGUCAGGUACCACUGCAGACGUCAGGUAUCACUGCAGACGUCAGGUACCACUGCAGACGUCAGGUACCACUGCAGACGUCAGGUAUCACUGCAGACGUCAAAUAUCACUGCAGAUGUCAGGUUUCACUGCAGACGUCAGGUAUCACUGCAGACGUCAGGUACCACUGCAGACGUCAGGUAUCACUGCAGACGUCAAAUAUCACUGCAGACGUCAAGUUUCACUGCAGACGUCAGAUAUCAUGCAGACGUCAGAUAUCACUGCAGACAUCAGGUACCACUGCAGACGUCAGGUACCACUGCAGACGUCAGGUAUCACUGCAGACGUCAGGUACCACUGCAGACGUCAGGUAUCACUGCAGACGUCAGAUAUCACUGCAGACGUCAGGUAUCACUGCAGACGUCAGGUACCACUGCAGACGUCAGGUACCACUGCAGACGUCAGAUAUCACUGCAGACGUCAGGAACCACUGCAGACGUCAGAUAUCACUGCAGACGUCAGGUACCACUGCAGACGUCAGGUACUACUGCAGACGUCAGAUAUCACUGCAGACGUCAGAUAUCACUGCAGACGUCAGGUACCACUGCAGACGUCAGGUACCACUGCAGACGUCAGGUAUCACUGCAGAUGUCAGGUAUCACUGCAGAUGUCAGGUAUCACUGCAGACGUCAGGUACCACUGCAGACGUCAGGUACCACUGCAGACGUCAGGUAUCACUGCAGACGUCAGAUAUCACUGCAGACGUCAGGUAUCACUGCAGACGUCAGGUACCACUGCAGACGUCAGAUAUCACUGCAGACGUCAGAUAUCACUGCAGACGUCAGAUAUCACUGCAGACGUCAGGUAUCACUGCAGACGUCAGGUACCACUGCAGACGUCAGAUAUCACUGCAGACGUCAGGUAUCACUGCAGACGUCAGAUAUCACUGCAGACGUCAGAUAUCACUGCAGACGUCAGAUAUCACUGCAGACGUCAGGUACCACUGCAGACGUCAGGUACCACUGCAGACGUCAGGUACCACUGCAGACGUCAGGUAUCACUGCAGACGUCAGGUAUCACUGCAGACGUCAGGUACCACUGCAGACGUCAGAUAUCACUGCAGACGUCAGGUACCACUGCAGACGUCAGGUACCACUGCAGACGUCAGGUACCACUGCAGACGUCAGGUACCACUGCAGACGUCAGGUAUCACUGCAGACGUCAGGUAUCACUGCAGACGUCAGGUACCACUGCAGACGUCAGGAAGCUCUACUUUGAAGUCGUUUGUGAACUGGGAGAAAUACUCGCAGAUGAAAGGCGUCUGUCUUUGCCCUCUUCAGAACACAUGCAGGUGUAA